AAGGGGAAGUUAGUGGUGUGUAGGGUUCUGUCCGGCGUGUGUAGUAAUGCAGGUUCCGCAGCUACUUGUGCUUUUCGGCAGCCAGACUGGCACAGCCCAGGAUGAAGCGGAGAGGCUGGGUCGCGAGGCCCGGCGCCGGCGGCUAGGUUGCCGUGUGCAGGCGCUGGACUCUUACGCGGUGGCGAAUCUCAUUAGGGAGCCCCUGGUGGUAUUUGUUUGUGCGACCACAGGCCAAGGAGACCCUCCUGACAACAUGAAGAACUUCUGGAGGUUCAUAUUUCGGAAGAGCCUGCUGCCCACCUCCCUUUGUCAGAUGGAUUUUGCUGUCCUAGGCCUCGGGGACUCCUCAUAUGCCAAGUUCAACUUCGUGGCCAAGAAGCUACAUCGUAGGCUGCUGCAGCUAGGAGGCAGUGCCCUCCUGCCACCAUGUCUAGGUGAUGACCAGCAUGAGCUGGGUCCUGAUGCUGCCAUUGACCCCUGGUUGGGAGACCUCUGGAAGAAGAUAAUGGGACUGUACCCAGUGCCCCUUGACUUUCCUGAGAUCCCUCUUGGAGUCCCCUUGCCCUCCAAGUUCAUAUUCCAGUUUCUUCAGGAAGUCCCCAGCGUAGGAACUGAGGAGCAAAACAUAGCCUGCUCAGCUCCUCAGAGACCCCCAUCCGAGUUACAGCCCUUCCUGGCACCUGUGGUCACCAACCAGAGGGUCACUGGCCCCCAACAUUUUCAGGAUGUUCGACUGAUUGAGUUUGACAUUACAGACUCAAGUAUCAGUUUCACUGCUGGUGAUGUCGUAUUAAUUAUGCCCUCUAACUCGGAGACGCACGCCCAACAGUUCUGCCAAUUGCUGUGCCUGGACCCCAAUCAGUUUUUCAAGCUGAAGGCGAGGGAGCCAGGUGUCCCUUACCCACCAGGACUGCCUGAGCCCUGCACUGUGUGGCAUCUUGUGUCACAGUAUUUGGACAUUGCCAGUGUGCCCCGCCGUUCCUUCUUUGAGCUCUUGGCUUGUCUUUCCCCACAUGGGCUGGAACGGGAGAAGCUGCUGGAAUUCAGCUCUGCCAGAGGUCAGGAAGAGCUCUGGGAUUACUGUAAUCGGCCCCGCAGGACCAUCUUGGAGGUGCUAUGUGACUUUCCACACACGGCGGCUGCUAUUCCUGCAGACUACCUAUUGGACCUUAUCCCUCAGAUCCGCCCUCGGGCCUUCUCCAUCGCCUCCUCCCUGCUGGCUCAUCCCAGGAGGCUACAGAUCCUUGUGGCUGUGGUAGAGUACCAGACUCGUCUCAAGGAGCCCCGCCGUGGCCUCUGUUCUUCCUGGCUAGCAUCCCUGAAUCCUAAGCAAGGACUUGUCCGGGUGCCUCUAUGGGUGCGGCCUGGGAGCCUAAGGUUCCCAGAGACAUCAGACACACCCAUUAUCAUGGUGGGGCCUGGAACUGGUGUGGCCCCCUUCCGAGCAGCCAUUCAAGAGCGAGUGGCCCAUGGUCAAACUGGAAACUACUUGUUCUUUGGAUGCCGCCAGCGGGAUCAGGACUUCUACUGGCAAACUGAGUGGCAGGAACUAGAGAAGAAGGGCUGCCUGACCCUGGUUACAGCCUUCUCCCGAGAGCAGGAGCAGAAAGUAUAUGUGCAGCACCGGCUCCGAGAGCUAGGGCCGCUCGUCUGGGAGCUGCUGGAUCGCCAAGGUGCCUAUUUCUACCUGGCAGGCAAUGCUAAGUAUAUGCCUGCGGACGUUGCGGAAGCCCUGACAUCCAUUUUUCAAGAAGAAGGACAACUCUCCAAUGCAGACGCAGCUGCCUACCUUGCCAGGCUCCAGCAGACACUGCACUUCCAGACUGAGACCUGGGCCUGAGGAGCCACUUGCUAGCUCACAGCCACACUAACAGCUGCACUGGAAAACCUACUAGAGUCUGGAGGGCCCAUUGUCACCUCCUGCCCUUCUCUGAUCCCAGAACACUGGGUAGAUUCAUGGUGUGGCUUCUUGGCUCCAGCUGAUUAGGAGAGCACUCCCUGAAUUCAGCCAAACUCAGUGGAGCCCAGUGUCCCUCCCACACUUAAUCCCAACCCCUGCGCAACCUACACUCCUGGUUUUCUCUCUGACCCCACAUCUGCAUUAUGGUCCAUUCCACCAGGGGGUUCUGUGAGGGCUGCAUCACCUGUCUGCCCUGGUGCUGUUUCCAUUCAUCCCACAGCACCUGUGGGAGACCCUGGGGCUAAGUCUCCUGAGCACUGAAAAUGAAAAUCAGUCUGUCUGCAGGUCCUUAAACAUCUCCAGUAAACUGCCUAGGCAACUACUCACUUCUGCCUUUUUGCUUCUCCUAGCUUUGAGGGUGGCAGGUGGGACAUGGAUUAUCUGCAUCUGCUAGUGGUGGCCAAAGAUCCUUCCAGAGUAUGUGCACAGGCUGUGUACGUGUGAGUCCUUGUCAGAUACUUAUGUUUGAGUCACACAGCAUUUCGGAUAUGUAAGUUCCUGUUGGUGUCCCCUUUGUUCUUAGAGGGCAGGUCUUGGCUCUGUCUGAUCAUAAACCUUAACAGCUCAGCCAA